GCCACAAAUUAAAGGAGCUAUUCACACUUCUUGUAGUUACCACCUUCUUUAGCUUCAUUUGUCUUUGCAUUUCACUUAUAAAGAAGUACAAUGGCAGCAGCUACAAUGGCUCUCUCUUCCCCUAGUUUCGCCGGAAAGGCAGUGAAGCUCUCGCCCUCCACACCGGAAAUCACCGGAAACGCCAAGUUUACCAUGAGGAAGACCGCUGGUAAGCCGAAGCCUGUUUCAUCCGGCAGCCCAUGGUACGGCCCAGACCGUGUUAAGUACUUGGGUCCAUUCUCCGGCGAGCCCCCAAGCUACCUGACCGGAGAGUUCCCCGGCGACUACGGAUGGGACACUGCUGGCCUCUCUGCUGACCCAGAGACCUUCGCCAAGAACCGCGAGCUGGAGGUGAUCCACUCCAGAUGGGCGAUGCUGGGAGCCCUUGGAUGCGUUUUCCCGGAGCUGUUGUCCCGCAACGGCGUGAAGUUCGGCGAGGCAGUGUGGUUCAAGGCCGGAGCUCAGAUCUUCAGCGAGGGAGGUCUUGACUACUUGGGCAACCCAAGCUUGAUCCACGCACAGAGCAUCUUGGCCAUCUGGGCAUGCCAAGUUGUGUUGAUGGGAGCCGUUGAGGGUUACCGUAUUGCCGGCGGACCCCUCGGAGAGAUCACCGACCCACUCUACCCCGGUGGCAGCUUCGACCCAUUGGGUCUCGCUGACGACCCAGAGGCUUUCGCCGAGCUCAAGGUGAAGGAGCUCAAGAAUGGCAGACUUGCCAUGUUCUCCAUGUUCGGAUUCUUCGUUCAGGCCAUCGUUACCGGAAAGGGCCCAUUGGAGAACCUCGCCGACCACCUUGCCGACCCAGUUAACAACAACGCCUGGGCCUAUGCCACAAACUUUGUUCCCGGAAAGUGAAUAUGAGUAGAGAGUUAGUGUGUGAUGUAUUGAACUGGUUUGAUCUAAUAGAUAAUGUGUGAAUUCUUUGCUGCUGCAUUUCUUAUUGCUUUAAAUUUGUGGUUCAUC